AUGAAUAUACCCAGUCAGGAAGAUAUUAGUCGUUCGGCGCGCCCUAUCGGCUGGCGGGGAAGCAGAACAGACCAGAAACUGCAAUCCGACUUCGACGAACCACCUACUCCCUGUUUUGCAAAGCACAAACGCGUACGGUUUGUAGAGAAGCCAGAGACCCAGCAAUAUUCAUGCAGGUCCAGUCCACUGGAGGAGAGAAGAGGCCUUAGUAACAGUAAGUGGCCUGGGAAUCAGGAGUCGCGACGAUGGGAGUACCCACAGUUUACUCUCUCCCUCUUAGGCAGCCCCAUACAUUCCAAGGCCUAUACGACAUGCCUACCCUAUGUGUGCUUUAAACGUAAACCCACUGCGAAUGAGAAGGCCAUCUGGAGGUGCGGAAAGAACCUGCGAGAGAAGAUCAGCACUAGGGGUCGUGGCACAACCAUACGUAACUCCAACUUCACCAAAGUGCUCAGCGGUCUAGUAGAACACCUACGCAGUGAGCGAUCUUUAAUGCUGCGACUAAAAAGGGAUUCAGGACGUCUGGGCACCAGAACUGUUGUCCAAGAUGAGUCAGAGUCUAAAAGGGAUUUCCCCAAAAGGGAGGUCAAGGCAACAAAUAACUACGAUCUGAACCUGGUUUUUGCCCUGGCCCACAAUCAAAUGGAUUCAGUUUAUAUUACUGACUCCCAGCCGGACGAGGGCUUUGUGGACAGUCCUGAACUUCUUGGUGGUUACAUUUAUCCCGACAGCCUGAUGAUGGGAGAAUGGGAAGGAUAUGAGAAGCCCUCUCAGUUCUGGACAGACAGCGAGGACGAUGAAAGCAACCUUUACGAACCAGUCAGAGGACUACCUGUUUUUCCAAAACAUCUCCGUCCUACUAGGCUGGCCCCGCUUAAUUGUCCUGAGGACUACUACGGCGACACCAGUGGCUGUGAGAGUGGUAACAUUUCACCCUUGGAGCCUUCAGUUACGCGAGAUUUACUAAAACAGACAGCCAUUGUGCAAUCACCGCUCGACCUACCCCUUCGUCAGAAUGCCCACCGAGCCCAACCUUUCAUGAGAGCAUUGGAAGCCUGUCCGAACCAACCCACAGUAACUUCCCAUGUGGUAUCUGAUUCCAGUUCCGCUGUGUAUCAGACGACCCCCUGUUCUUCACUGCAGGGAGAAUGCCAGCGGAAGCCAAAUGUAGAAAAUCGGAUACUCGGGUCUCUCGCGCGACUCUCUCUUCCAGACUGGGCCAAGCGUUUCCUUGGAAGGAAUACGCACUCUGGAAUUGAGAGAGGCGGAAACGGAAAUGGUUCGCAUGAAGACCAAAAGGCUUUGCCAUCCACAAUUCCUACUUCGCACGGGGACUCUGACGUUUUUAUAUCGUUCACUUACAGAAAACCCUACCUACCGAGAUUUCCACGCUUCCUACCAGGCAGCGAAUGUAUAGAGUUUGAAUCUUGUGACGAGCAGCACAUUUAUUAUGAGCGUAUUGCCGGCAAUCCCUUUUGA